AGAGAAAAUCCAAAUAUUGACUAAAUUUUAGUAGAAAAAAUCCCCAAUUUUGGAAUAAAGUGUACUAGUUCGAUAGUUCGAGUAACCCGAUUAAAGAAUCCCAAAAUGAAAAUCCAAUUUAGAUUUAUUUUCCGGUGAAUCUGUAAAUGAGCUGUGAAACAAGAGGAACAAGUAAACAAGUGUUUAUCUCUCUCUGUAUCUCUGGUAUGUAAAUUACAAUGUUCAUCACUUUUCCCAAUUCCACUUCCAAUUCCUCUUCUCUAUUCUUUGAUUUUUGUUUCUGCAAUUUCAACCAAAUUUCUUCAAUUAUUAGUUUCACCAUUUUUUCCCCAAUUUUGUCUAUUUUUUUUAUGUUUAUUAAAGUAAGGUUUUGAGAAGUUUUCACGCUCUAUUCAUGUAGAAGAAUGACGCAUUUACCUUCGAAAAACCUAUGGAUUCGGAAACAACAAUGUCCUUGUGGAGAUUGGAAGUGUUACAUUACAUAUGAAGGUGUUUCUAAGGAGAAUUCUGCAUCACCAGAAUUAGUGAAACCUGAUAAAACAUCAUCUUGUAGAGCUUUCGUUACCCCUUAUGUUGGAAUGGUGUUUAAGACUGAUGAUGAAGCUUUUGAAUAUUACGGUAAUUUCGCUAGGAAGAAUGGUUUUUCUAUUAGGAAAGAAAGAUCUAGAAUUAGCCCUCAGUUAGGUGUUUAUAAGCGUGACUUUGUUUGUUAUCGAUCCGGGUUUGCUCCGGUGAAGAAGAAGGCGAACGGUGAACAUCAUAGAGAUAGGAAAUCGGUGAGAUGUGGAUGUGAUGCGAAAAUGUAUCUGUCUAAGGAGGUUAUGGAUGGUGUUUCCCAAUGGUUUGUUGUGCAGUUUAGUAAUAUACACAAUCAUGAACUUUUGGAAGACGAUCAAGUGCGUCUUUUACCUGCGUAUAGGAAAAUUCAUGAGGCUGAUCAAGAGCGGAUACUGUUGCUUUCGAAAGCUGGGUUUCCGAUACAUCGGAUAGUGAAAAUGCUUGAGCUGGAAAAAGGGAUUCAAGGUGGGCAUUUGCCUUUCUUGGAAAGGGAUGUUAGGAACUUUGUCCAAAACCGCAAGAAGGUUGUUCAAGAGAACGAGGCGUUGCUAAGUGAGAAAAGAGAAAAUGAUGUUUUGGAACUUCUUGAGGUGUUUAAAGCCGUGAAAGAAGCUGACGUUGAGUUUGUUUAUGAUUUUACAGUCGAUAAGAAUGAGAAAGUUGAAAAUAUAGCUUGGUCGUACGGUGAUUCUGUUAAUGCAAAUGCUUUGUUUGGUGAUGUAAUUUAUUUUGACAUUUCUUAUCGGUCCGUCGCGUAUGGAUUGCAUUUUGGAGUGUGGUUUGGUAUUGAUAAUUGUGGUAGAACAAUUCUGUUCGGCUGUGUUUUACUCCAAGACGAAACACCGCAAUCCUUCUCAUGGGCAUUACAGACUUUUCUCCAGUUCAUGAGAGGAAGAUGUCCACAAACAAUUAUAUCUGAUCUUGACCCUAGUCUUAGAGAUGCAAUUAGAAGCGAAUUUCAAGGAACUAAACAUGUCAUUCCACUGUGGAAUAUUUUGAACAAGGUACAUAGUUGGUUUUCUCUUCCUCUUGGAUCUCGCAUUGUAGAAUUUAAAUCAGAGUUCAAUGCAUUGUUUCAAAUUGAGAAUACAGAGGAAUUUGAACUUCAAUGGAGCCAAAUGAUUUCUAUGUUUGGACUUGGUUCAGAUAAACAUAUUGAUUUACUGUAUUCGGUUCGAACUUCCUGGGCGCAAUCAUAUGUAAGAGGUUAUUUUUUGGCUCAAAUGGCGACAACAGCUUAUUCCAAGUCUAUAGACGUGUUUUUUGAAGGGGUCUUCACUGAACAUACAUGUUUGCGUAGCUUUUUUGAACAGGUUGGUAUUUCUGUAAAUUUUCGUCACCAAUCACAUGACGAGACUCAAUAUACAAAUCUCAGAACCUACAUACCAAUCGAAGAGCAUGCGCGGAGCAUCCUCACACCUUAUGCUUUCAAUUCUUUGCAACAAGAGUUAUUGUUGGCAAUGCAAUACUCGACAUCUGAAGUGGCCAAUGGAUCAUAUGUUAUACGACACUUCAAAAGGUUGGAUGGAGACCGGCUCGUGAUGUGGUUGGCAGAAGAAGAACAGAUACACUGCUCUUGCAAAGAGUUUGAAUCGUCAGGGAUAUUAUGCAGACAUGCUCUUCAUGUACUCGUAAUAAAAAAUUACUUUCAACUUCCUGACAGAUACUAUUUAAGUAGAUGGCGUCGGGAAUGUUCUUUCCCUGUCGAGGAUGAGCAUAACACCAACCAAAGUAUUAUUGGUAGGGAAUGGUUUCAAGAAUAUCAAUCUCUAGUUGAAACUUUGUUGUCGGAAUCAUCAAUUACAAAGGAGCGAUCCGACUAUGUUCGCAAAGAACUGACAAAAGAACUCAAUAGGAUUCUUAACGAGGUUAGAAAUCUGCCCGAGACUGAUGAUGUUUGCAGCAUGAACGUGUCGGUUUCGCCAAAUAGCUAAGUUUGAAGUUUUUGAUUGUACAUAUGUGAUAAAAUGCAAAUUUAAAACCACUAGCAUAAUGAUAAUGAUGAUACCAUGGUAUACAUGAAGAUAUGAUUUGUUGCUGAAAUGCAAGCAGCUUUGUUUUAUCAUGUACAGAUGAGAAGAUGAAAGUGAUGAUUGUUGUUUACAAUUACAAGGACAAGUUAUUUGGCUGUAUAAAAGAUGAAAGGGAUUAUUGUUGUGUUA